GAAAAUAUGGCUGUCAAAAUAGAUUUGACAGAAAGUGAAAAUUUUAUCCUGUAUUUUAAAUCAAAUUUAAAAGAAUGUAUAUGAAAAUGAGACGAUGGAAACAGUGGUCGAUAGAGUCAUUGACAUUUUCCACCAUCAUAAAAGAUUUUCUUCGAUUCAGAAGUUAUGUAUUUUAGCGAUAGUCUUAGGAGGUGUGUCUCUCCUGACUGGUCUUUGGACGUGGUUGAUUACUUACAUUAUAUCUAUAUCCUCAACAGUUCUGAUUUGUCAAUAUCUGAUAACCACAGAUGCCAAUUUCACAUUAAUAGAAGAUUUGCUUAUACUUUUGAAGUCUCACGAAAACGACUCCUGGUACACUUACUUGAAGGAAUUUGUUAGAGGUGAAAAAUCCAGUGAGAAUACAGUACAGGACCAAAGUGACGGUCAAAGAAAAGUAGAAAAUUCAUCAUGGGAGGAUGAAAUUCAUUUAUUGGCAACUCUUAUAUCUCAGGAUUUUAUUAGACCAUGGUACCUUACUGUGAGUAAUAGGCAUGAACUCUUGGAGGAGAAAGAGGAGGUCAUCUUCAAAGCAUUUAGACUUCUGUGUCUAAAGUUCACAAAAAUCAAUAUCCAUGAACUAUGUAGAGAGUUAUUACUUUGUUAUAAAGAGCACCUGCGGAACUUUCAACAGGCAAAGUCUGUGUACAACACUCGGCCGCGAAGAAAGAGUAUUCCUAGUCUCAAUUCUCCCUCCGCUAAGAAAGUGUCAUCGGUUGAAGAAGCAUAUGAAAUGAAGUUUUCUUAUCACAGUGCAGUAUGGGAGAUGGAGAAUGAAAUUACUUAUCUAAAAUCGAUAAUAAAUUUACUUUUGUCAGAGUUUUUGGUAAAACAAUUGCAAGACAGCAGAACUCCUCAAGUGUUACUAGUAGAAAUCUUAACAUAUAAUGUUGCAAAACCUGCCUUUGAUCUUCUGUCUAACCCCGACUUCUUACAUGAAUGUAUUGUUCAUAUUUUAUCUGAUGAAGCUUUAAUAGAAGUACCUCCAGAAGUCAGCACAAGUCGUAGUAGUGAUCUUGUGCUGUUUAAAGAUGUUAGGGAGGAAUCUGAGGAGGAAGAUGAAUUUAAAGACCCACAACCUAGUUUUUCAUCUAGUACAAGUAUAUUUGAAGAAUCUAGUCAAAAAACCGAACUCACAGGGCAGCAGGAGACCAGAGAGUCUCUACACUAUCCAUUGUCUACAGUGGAAGCACAAGUAGCAUUAGAUGAGGAAUCUGAUGUAAACACAAACCAGAGCAUUCCAAUUUCCCUACUGGGACCAGCUUUUUGUCGUGAUACAGAGGUCAGUCAAGAAAUCUCUGAUAAUGGUGAUGGCAGGGAUAACCCACAGGAGGGACACAAAUUUUAUCUUGGGAGUUUUGAUGACAUUUCUACAUCAGGUGACAAUUCAACAAGGAUAUUUUUAAAUCUACGUAUUGUUGAUACAGAGACAGCCUCUGAAAACAGGGGAGCUAAUCAGUAUACACUAUACACAAUCCAGUAUGAUGCAUCAUAUCUUGAGGAAGGACGUACUGAAGUGCGUACAAACAGGGUUAAAAGAAGAUUUCGAGAAUUUAUCAACCUGCAGAACAGAUUGGAAGAUAAUCCCACAUAUAAAAGAAAUCUGAAAGAUGUGAAAGGGUUAACAAAGUGGCUUUCAUUGCCAUUUGGUAAUAUGGAUAAAAACAACAUUGAAAAACGCAAGAAAACAUUGGAAAAUUUUAUAAAGGCUCUACUGGAAAAAGAUCAUAUUUGUAACAGCCCAGAAAUGAAGGAAUUCCUGGCAUAUGAUGGCAAUGCCCACAUAGCAUUUGUCAGGAAGGCUCCAGAUAGUGUUCAGCCACUAACGAAGAUGGUUAGAACAUUUUCCAGUGUUUUUGACAAGAUUGGCGAUAAGGUAGGAGAAAUCUCCAUAAAUGUGACCGACUUACUUCCAAGUUUACCCCGGAGGAGCCAAGUCAGGGACCCUCAGAGCCUAGAGGAGGAUGAGGAUAAAAUCCUGCUGGAGUUUGGAACCAUUAAAGGGGAUGUGCUUGUGUUGGAAAACCAGUUAUCUAGUCAUGUCAGUACAUUUUGUGAUGGUGAGGUAGACAGUUCAGAUGAGAAAGGCAAAAGUGAGCCCCAGAAAUCAGAAGGUCUUUUAAAUGAAAUCCAUAAUGCUGGGCUGGCAGAAGUGGUGUUUGACAUAGUUGUGCAAGCUUUACAGGGCAGAAACUGUUGGGUGUGUCGAGAAAGAGUAAUCUCCCUUGCCAAGCACAUGCUUGGAACAGCAGUGAGCAGGUGGCUCAAAUGGCAGAUUAGUGAUCUUACAACUCCUCAGAGAUGUGCAUUCUAUCUACAUCUGUUUAGGGAAUCUAUUUGGCCAAAUGGGAAGUAUGAUUCAUCCAACCGUGAAGUUAAAUCAGAAAGACAGAGAUCUGCAACCAAAGAGCAAGCUCAGAGAGUUUUAGCAGAAUUUUUUCCAGAUGUUUUAGUUCAGCUCCUUGAAAAGGAAGACUAUGAUUGUGGGAUAGAGGAAAUCAUAGAUUCCAUUCAGUAUGAAAAACUUAACAAGCAUUUCAUUUACACUUUUCUGGAUCUUGUUUUGGAGAAGAUGUUUAGUGAUAUUCAACAUGAGGCUGUGCAGAAGGAAUCCCAGUGAGGGGAAGCUAUGGGAAUAUUCCCAGUGAGGGGAACUUUGAGAACAAUCCCAGUGAGGGGAAACUAUGGGAACAGUCCCAGUGAGGGGAAGCUAUGGAACAUUUCCAGUGAGGGGAACCUUUGGGAACAAUCCCAGUGAGGGGAACCUUUGGGAAUAAUCCCAGUGAGGGGAACCGUUGGGAAACAAUUCCAGUGAUGGAAGCUAUGGGAACAAUCCCAGUGAGGGGAAGCUAUGGGAACAUUCCCCGUGACAGUAGAGCAGAUGCAAAGCAUAAUACUGCCUAUACUGUCACUAACAUGUUUAUAUUGCCUAUACCCUCACUACCAUGUCUUAUGUUAUGUUGUUGUAACAGUGAGCUGUGUUGUUUUUUUAUCUGAGAUUACAUUGUACUUAAUCACCUAUUUGUGUUCUAACACUGGUUUGUAGUACCAGUAUUUGUUAGAGACAUUCCCAUUUAUAAAAUGGUCCAAGCAUAUGUAAUCAUAUUGGUAUGGUUGUACUUAAUGAAAUAUAUUAUUUUUAAUACUAAUCUUUAUUUUAAUUUUUACAUGUGAAACAUUACAACUGCAGUCAUCA